AUGGAGCAAAUUGCGGCCACGAUGCAAGUGCUGUUCAUGUGUUUGCAAGCGCACAUAGAAAUACAGGAACGGAAACUGUUACUGCUUAGCACCAUUCUUCUGCGUCGUCAGCGUACCAAUCGCCCACAACGCCGAUUACACGCCAGGAGACAGGCGGAGAUCGCAUGUGAUCUGGGAACAUCCACGCUCACGCCACUGAACACAAACUACCGCUUGAGUGUACCAGUGGAAAAGCGGGUCGCAAUUGCCAUCUGGAAACUGGCGACGGGCAGCGAAUACAGACCCAUCAGCCAUCUGUUCGGUGUCGGCCUGAGCACCGUGUUCAACUGUGUCCAGGAGUUUUGUAAGGCAGUCAACACAGUGCUGCUGCCAGAACAUAUCAAGAUUCCUGAUGGUCCAAAGUUGAUUGAAUUGGCCACAUUUUUUUCCAAUCGAUGGAGAGUCCCACAGUGUGUAGGUGCUAUAGAUGGCAGCCACAUUCCCAUAAUUCCACCAGAGGAAUACCCCAAGGACUACUUCAACCACAAAGGCUGGCAUUCAGUUGUUCUUCAGGCUGUUGUAGAUGGAAGAGGCCUCUUCUGGGAUGUUUGUGUCGGCUUUCCAGGAAGUGUGCACGACGCAAGGGUUUUUCGUCAGUCACAUUUGUGGGAAGUUUUGAGUGGUGGACAGUUGCUGGGGCAGAACAAAGUGAACAUCUCCGGCUGUGAUGUUGGACAUUAUCUUCUCGGUGACCCCGCCUACCCCAUGCAGAGGUGGCUCAUGAAGCCGUUUUCGGACACUGGGAGACUGACCCCUGACCAACAGGCCUUCAAUUACAGGGUGAGCAGUGCACGCUCAGUAGUGGAGAUGGCUUUUGGGAGACUGAAAGGACGAGGGAGAUGUCUCCUCAAAAGAAAUGACUGUAAGCUGGAACUGUGCAAGACCAUGGCCCUGACCUGCUGUGUUCUCCACAAUAUUUGUGAGGAGCAUGGUGACAAUUUCAUGGAGGAGCUCCCAGGCAGACACAUCAAAGUUCAGCCUGCUGUCCAAGCCUUACCUGACAAUGGUAAUCCAGAAGGGAAUGAUGUCAGGGCUGCUUUGAUGGAGUACUUUUGUCAAAAUUGA